AAUUCUCGAGAAGACGCGGAAGUCCAUAUUGUUUUCCGUUUAGUCGGCUUCUCCCAUUUAAAGAAGAUCCAGCCUUGCGAGGGGAAAGUGUCCAUGAUUGCGGCGAUGUGGAUUCAUUUUAUCUUGAUGGGCUGAGCUGGGUUAAACUCAUUUUAUUUAAAAAAUAAACGACGAGAAAUCGUGGUAAGACAUCAGCUGCUUAUCACUACUAUCUAUCUAUGCACGUAGCUAGCAGCUAGCCAGUUGUAAGCUAAUGUGAAGAAGCUACAGCAAUGGAGCUUGUUCGUGGAGACUGAGGGCGGAGCUUCAUCUCUUCCUGUCGCGCAGUCUGGGGUGUUUGUCUUGUCAUGAAAGCCAUGGAGAAAUUAGAGGCUACAUCCGAGCUUCAGUCACGGCUGUCCUCCUUGUCCUUCUCCUCUUUCCCCGGAAUAGCCUCCAAACAGUGUGAAAGCAGACCUCCGGACAGGCUUCACAGUACAAACCUUUCAGAGAGCUUUACCCAGUCUGUAGGCAGCACUGGUAUGGACACGACCAAAGACCCAGGACAGCUUUGUGAGGGUAAUCAAGAGGCUCCUGCAGUGCAAGCCCCGGGGACAGGAAGUGAGGAAAAUGUCAGUGCUGGGAGCUGUCAGCCCUCUACUGAGAUAAAAGCCCAGAUGCCCCCCCUGCAGCCCGCACACACGUGGACAUCUGCUGCUGUGAAGGAACUAAAGGCGAAGCUUCGACCCGAGAAGGACAGUGUGGUGACGGUGUACCGAGGCGACAUCAUGACGGUUAAUGUCCCCACUGUCCCUGAAGCCAAAAAAGUGUGCUGGGAAUUCGCCACGGACGGCUAUGACAUUGGAUUUGGGAUAUAUUUUGACUGGAGUCCUGUGACAAACCGAUCCAUCACCGUGCACAUCAGUGAGUCAAGCGACGACGAAGAUGAAGAGGAGGAGCUGGAAGGGCCUGUCAGUAAUGGAGACGUCGAGAAGGGAUCCAAGAGUCAAACCAACUCGAACUUGGCCGAAAUCCUCCCCGUGUAUCGUCAGGACAGCCACUUGUCUGUCCACGGCGGCAGCCACGAUUUCCCAGGUGAAGGCACUUACCUCCUUAAGUUUGACAACUCAUACUCCCUUUGGAGAAACAAAACACUUUACUACAGGGUUUAUUAUAGUGCCUGAGAUUGCAAUUUACUGCUUAUGAAUGUGCGUUGUAAAGAAUAUACCCAAGAACAAUGAACUAUUUCUAAUUUUUAUUUUUUUCUUGGAAAAAAAAAACAUCGAAAUGGCAUACCGGCAUAUCUAUUUUUAUCACCCUUGGCUUGUCGUGUCACUUGUUGGAGAUGUGUAAGGCUAAAAUGUUGAACAUCUGCUUUAGUGUCUUGUUGGCAUAUAUUUAUCAAAGCCUUGCAUAUGUGCCAUAUUAUUUCCUUGUACAUACUGUACCACCCGUCCAAGUGGCCGUCAUAAAACGCAUAUUGUCUUUACCUGUGACAUUUCAGUGACAGCAGGUGUCAGGGAACACCUGGACAUGGUGUAUCGCACGUGGCCAAGUGCUCAGUCAGUCAGUCGGCACUAGAAAUGGAGUUUAACUCGUGUUUUCUGUGUUUGUGUGCUUUUAUGAUCACUGUCUCUUUGUUGUUAACCACUUUAUCAGUCAAAUAUACGGCAUAACUUGUUUUCUAUGUGUUGGUUUGAAAAUCACUUCCAUUUUUUUCUUCUUCUUCUUUUAUGGCCUGUUGGAUAAAAGAUCUAUCAUCUAAAGAAAGUAGUAUGAGAUUGAGAGCGAGCUCUUAAUGACACAAAUAAAAGCCAUCUCUUAUCACAAAAAUUUCUCUUUAUAUAAUAGAGAUUCAAUAUUUGCGUUUGCUUUGCCUACAUUUUUAUUAGGUAGAUGAAUUGCAUCUAAAUGUCUCUCGUACACAUGUCUUUCUGAGUGCAAAUCACUGUGUUUUUUAAUGUUUUGUGUGCAUUGGACCAUCUUUUCUUUGUGAAAUCAAACACCUCGAACACUUUAAACUUGUGUGCUUUUUGUCCCAAAGACAUCCCAGAUUUGGCUGCUAAUGUUGUGUGCAAUGUAAAAAAAAUAAAAUAAAAAUAAAAAUAAAAAUUUAUUUGCUUUACUGUAAGUUAUACUGAAGAUAUUUGUUCCUAAAGUUUAUAUUCCACAAUAAAGAAAAGAUUAUGCAGCUC